AUGUCUUCCUCAGCAUCUCAAUCCGACGAGGAGGCACCCUCCCUGUCUCUCUCUGAUUACAAAACGGCGAGAAGUUCCAUCAAGUCUAUCUCCCGUUUACUGUCUAAGAGCACCUACCAGAAUAUGCAGGACGAGACGGAGCUCUCCCGCCAACGCUGGGAGCUAAAACUCUACAUUAGCGACAUGAUCGACGCAUUCCGCCGCAAGGUCGCGGCGGGCGCCGAGAUCCCGACCGAGAUAGAGGUGUAUCGGCGGAAGUUUGCGUCGCGGGUGGAAAGUCGAGCGAAUAGCUCGAAUACCACUCCGGAGAAGCCGACUUCUAAUUCAGUGGGAGUUGCGAACGGGCUAAGCAUCAACAUGGAUCGUGUCAGCCCAUGGAGAGAGCUGUUGGGGGAACGUUCUGAGGUGUUGCAGAAGCUGGAGACGGUUGCUGCGUCGGCGGAUGACAAGAGCGGAUGGUUGGCGAAGCUGCUAGAUAAGGAGUAUUGGCGGGAGAUGGGGUCUUAUGAGAAGUGGGCGGGCAUGUAUGAGUUUGUAUACAGGAGGAGUGUUGAAGAAACAGCAAAGCAGAGGAGGGACGUGGUGCCGAAAAUUGCGGUGGAGGGGAUUGGAAAGGAAAGUGAAAAUGGGAUGGAGCCGAUAGGGUUGGGUUUAAGGUUCAUAAAGGGAGAGAUUUGA